GCCCUCCAGCUCAACGUCGUCACCUGAACACCUUUAUUCCGUGUGUAGGAGCUUUGAGACUCCAUCAAACAGGAUAAACUAUUAAAUUUGUCCAUUAUGUGCUUUUGUUUUUGGUCUCCAAACAUCUGAGGUGUGAAAACGAAAGCGGAAGUAAAUAUCGGAUGUGUCUGAAGGUGAGGAAGUGAAAGUUACUUCGUCUGAACGUCACACACAACAACAUGGAUGGGUUUAGAGUCAUGUUGUUGGAGAUAUCUGAGAGACUUAGUCAUGAGCAGUUAGCAAAGCUAAAGUUUCUGUGUGGAGACGUUAUUGGGAAGAAGAAAAGCGAGGACAUCAUCAGCGGGAUUCAGCUGUUUGACUGUCUGAUCGAAAGAGCAGAGAUCGGACCGAAUAACACGGACUUUUUACGGAAGCAUCUCACUGACAUUGGACAAGAAGUUUUACUGGAAAUAAUCGACAGAUACGAAGGUCAAGCGGUCUCCACAGAUUUACCGGAUGAAACGGAACUAGGGAAAAUUAACUGUGCAACCGAAGUGAUCGUUUUGCAACUGGGAAGAAAGUGGCUUCAGUAUGGACGGAAACUGGGACUCACAGAGAGCAAGCUCGAAGGCAUACAAGAAAAACAUCCUCGCAACCUGGAGGAACAAGUGAGAGAACUGUUCAAAGAGUGGAAGAAGGCACGCAAAGCCGAGGCCAGAGUGGACGAGCUGAUCAGGGCACUCCGAGCCUGUGACCUGAACUACACGGCUGAUAUUGUGGAGAGGAAACUCCAGAAUAAGAGCUAAUUUGUCUCGAAAAACCGUUCCUUCAUUUUUCAGGCUGUUCUACUCAUUCAUCGCUGCUGAACAUGUAAUUACAAUGCAUUUGCCUUUCAGUUCUUUGUGCCAAAUUCGAUGCUGAUUUUAAAUUCACGUUCGAUUUUUCUUUCAUAUUAUUCGGUUGUGAAAAUCUUCUCAGUCUUAAAGCUUUGCUCUGGGGCUGGUGGGUAAACUGUGAAAUAAUGCUGUUUCUAAAAAGGGUAUUUUUUUUUUUCACUGGAAUAUUAUAAAUCGGGCUGAGAUUCAAAUGGAUCAUGUCAUUAUAAUAUAAUAAAACCAUCAAGAUAAUGAAUUCUCAUUGUUAAAGCCUCAGUCUGUGACAUCAUCAACAUUGAAUUAGAUAUUGAUUAGAAAAUUACAGCAUUCUUUCAAAAGUGGAUGUAAAAUAAAGGGAAUGAUUUUUUUAGCCAGUGUGUUGAGACCUGAUGCAAUAACUCUCUUGUCUAUGUGUCCUGGAAAAAUUGGGAAUUUCUAGAACAGUUCAUGGAAAACAACUACAAAAUGAAAGGAAAUCAUGAAAUCUUUAUACUGUCAGGAUUUCUGGUUCAAUCAUGAGCUCAGGCUGUGGACUUCGCGUGUUCUCCACAUUUGUGGGUUUAGAAAGUGUUCUCAGGUUUCCUUCUACAUCCCCAAAACAUGCAGGUAGAUAUAUUGGCUGUUAUAAAUUGCCCCUAAAUGUGAAUAGACGUGUUCAUGGUGUUCAUGGUGUACUGUGAUGGAGUGGUAUCCCAUCCAGGGUGUAUUCCUGCUUCACACCCAGCUCUGAACAGGAUAAAACGGCUUUAAUCAAAUAAAACUUUGAAUGUAAUUUUCA